AUGUCUAUCAACACCGAAUCCUCUGCUUCUCAGAUCGCUCCCGCUCAAGUUACGGAAUCCAUGGGCAAUCUAUCGAUCAACGGAGCGCCUGACACCGCCGACACAAACACCAACGUGUCCACCCCCAACUAUAACCCCAUGUUUGGCCAGGCUUCCCUCACGGACCAUCUCGAUGGUUCUGCACACAACCCCAUCACCGAGCACCCAUCUGUUGGGCAACCUCCCGUCGUCCAGGGCAUUGUCCGCCCCGUCGACUUCCGUGGGAAUCUCAUCCCACUCUUCGUUCCCGUCGCCGGUUUCGCCUACAUCACACGUCUCGACGACUUCCACUUCGGUAUACUCGACCCCGACACCGGCAAGACCUUCCAGACGUGCCGACUCAUCCUCAACAUGCAGAAGGUGGCGAUCUCCCGCGAUGGUCAGUGGGACUCUCGAACAACUGGCACAGAUAUCGUUUUUACGAGUUUCAUCGACACCUCCGACGAUCCGGCCAUCCUUCAGCUGGACCUUGGUGAACGAGCAGAUGGGGGCAUCUUGACUUCAACCGCGCAGUGA